AUGCCAACUACCACAAUCUUGGUGCCGUUACAACCGCCACAUCAUUGCCAAUUAUGCCUACCAAUCCCACGUGAAUAUAUAGAUCAUGCUGGGCUGGUUAGGCACUUGAAGCGAGAGCACGACACUGUCCUGCACUUUGAGUGCCGUGCCUGCGGUCUGGUGAUGGAAAAACUGAAAUCCCUGAAAGCUCACCAGCGGAGAGCAGAGGCUUGCCGAUCUAGUAUCGACGCCUGCUCCCCUCCACAGCCACCACCUACCGACCGCCGCAUCAGGCGGAUCCGGGUCAGGCGGAGGAAUAGCCACCACAGGACGCUUGGGAGCCAGAAUACCACUCCACCUACCGCACCCACCAACCAAUCAUCAUGCUCUUCCGCUAUGUCAUCACCGACGCUUGAUCCCCCUUCUCCUCCUGCCAGAAGGGUCACCCGUUCCAUCCAGCAUACCAUCGACAACCGCACAAACAUGGGAUCUCAGUAUACCUCACCUGCCGCUAUGACGAACGCUGGACCACGGAGUACGGGCAAUUCGCCCAGUGGUGACCACCUACCCAGGGCCCAGCCACCCCAGGGUUCAGGUUACUACAGCCCAACUUCCCGGCCUUCCAACCCCGGUCUGGGCUACACCAACGAUACUGCUCCCCUUUACAGCGAAAUCGCUGCUCGUGGAGUAAGUCCACCCAUCUCGCCAAUGGCCAGCCAACCUCCAGCCGUCAACAGAAGGCCUAGGAGGCGCCAACCCUCUGACGUCCGAGAUGAUGGUCACCACCGCAGCCCGCCUCAGGGCCGCUCAGGCACCUCAGGUAGCUACAACUCUCGCACAGUUGAUAGCCCUGCCCACCAUAUCUCUAACUCCGACCAGCCUCCUAUCCAACCCAUGAGCACCAACCAGCAUUCCACCUCUCUGCCUUCCACCGCAGACCCGUCGGCCAUCCCCAGUUGGGUCCUUAACUGGAAGCACCGCUUUGAGGUUGCCACGGAUGGUGAUAUGCUUGAGGCCAUGGUCGAGGACCUCGUCAGCUUAGCACAAAACAUCUGCUCAGUCUCUGAGACUACCAUCCAACCGAGGGACCAUACCCCCUCCUACUCCUCCAUCCCAUCUGACGCUAGACGUAUCCAGAGACUGUACAGACUUAACAGAAAGAAGGCCAUCGAUUGCAUCACUAAAGGGCAGCCCAACUACUGCCACAUUGACGGGCAAGAACUCUAUACCCAUUUCAAACGUUCAUACGCCCAUAACUCACAUCAUCACUCGUCGGCACCUUCCGCAACUCCUCCAUGCACGGAUCUCGACUCCAACAACCCACUUGCCAGCCCUUUCACUCCUGAAGAGGUGGCCACUCGAAUUCGGCGAUGUCACAACACUGCCCCCGGCCCAGAUGGUCUCCGAUACCAUCACUGGGCCAGGGUUGACCCGAAAGGGAUAAUCCUCAGCAGCGUCUUUAACGCUGUGCUCCGCACCUCAUUUAUCCCACCGAGCUGGCAGAGAUCCAACACAAUAUUGCUGCACAAGAAGGGUGAUGUCCGCAGUGUUAGUAACUGGAGGCCCAUUGCCCUCUCUAACACUCUCGGCAAGAUCUUCUCAGCCUGCUUAGCCAACAGGCUCCUACUCUGGUGCCAAAGCAACAACAUUCUUUCUAGCGCCCAGAAGGGGUUUCUGCAACAUGAAGGCUGUCUUGAUCAUAACUUCCUCCUUCAAACAAUAAUUCAAGAUGCCAGGAGGAAGCACAGAUCAUGCCAUAUUGCGUGGCUAGACAUUAGCAACGCCUUUGGCUCCGUGCCCCACGACACCAUCUCUCAAUGCUUACAGUGGUGUAAGCUACAUGAGGAAAGCACGGAUAUCAUUACCAGCCUUCUGCAGAACUGCUCCACUCGUAUCCGCACCAGUAAUGGGUACACCGACGAUAUACCUAUCCACUCAGGGGUCAAACAGGGGUGCCCAUUGAGCCCCCUGUUAUUCAACAUCGUCAUUGAAACUGCGGUUCGAAACAUUCAACAUCUCCAGCUUGGUUACCCAUUAGAAGGCGAGCCAAUUGACAUCUUGGCCUACGCGGAUGAUCUGGUGCUCAUAAGUCCGACCGCCGAGGGCCUGCAAAAACAACUUGACUGUAUCACCAACUGGGCAGCUUGGGCAGGCUUGCGCUUUAAUGCAGGUAAAUGCGCAUCCCUCUCUGUCAAAGGGAAACAACACGGCAUAGGCAAUGAAAUCUUUAAUCUACAAGGCACCAACAUUCCACCUCUGUCGGCUAGCGGAAGCUACGACUAUUUGGGCAUACCAACAGGAUUCUCCACACACCACACUCCCGAGGACGUCAUCAGCAACUUGGAGAAGGACAUCCGGCAGCUGGAUGAGUCAAAACUUGCCCCUUGGCAAAAGAUCCAUGCCAUUAAUACUAUGUUGUUGCCCAAGCUUACCUUCCACCUUUUACUCGGUUCCAACCCCAAGAAGCGGCUACGCACCUUGGACAGGCACAUUAAAAACUGUGCCAAAAGAUGGUUGAACCUCCCUCAACGUGCCAGUGCCGAAGUGAUUCACUUACCAUACGAUCACGGGGGAGCCAACAUCACCCCCUGCGGCACCCUGGCAGACAUCUGCCAGAUCACCCAUGGCACCCACCUAUUCACAUCUAGAGACCACAAGGUACGCUCCAUCGCCAUCAAGUCACUCCAAAGUGUAGUCCGGAAACGUAUCCGCCGUGACCCUUCACUCGAGGACUUGUGCACGUACCUCAAUGGGUCUAUGGAAGGCGAGUUUGGCGUCGACCCAGCCGACAUCUCGUCCUCAUGGUCACGCCUACGUUCAGCCACAAGACGCCUGCGGAAACAUCUUGACAUCACAUGGACCGUCUUCGACGACACCAUCGCCAUCACUACAACAGGGAACAUCAUCCCCAGACAGUCAGUCACCAAAAUCCUCACAAACAUGGCGAAAAACGUCCUCCUGAAUCGCCUCCUACGGAAGCCUGACCAGGGAAAGGCGUUCCAACUCACGGCGCAACAUCCUGCCAGCAACCACUUUAUACGCAGUGGGCUCUACACAUCCUUCGCCGAUUGGCGAUUUAUCCACAGAGCCCGACUCAGUGUGGUACCCCUUCAUGGUCUCCGCCGCUUUGGACAGCUUCCUGCCAAUUGUCGCCACUGUGGAUUUCAGCAGGAGACGCUGGCCCAUGUAAUAAAUCACUGCGCACGCAAUCUUCAUCUCGCCACCGAACGGCACAACGCAGUCCUCAAUAGACUCCGCCGAGCCGUAAACGACGAAGAUCUCACCAUCAAGUGUAAUCAGCGCAUACCAGGAUUCGAAGGAAAUUGUAGGCCGGAUCUGAUGGCUAUAAAUGACAACGCUAAGACAGCCACCAUCAUCGAUGUUGUUAUCCCAUUUGAGAACGGACACAACGCUUUCAACUCCGCCAGGGACAAGAAGAUUGAAAAAUACACACCCCUGGCGCAGCACUUCCGAAACAUGGGAUACGACACCUAUUGCGAUGCGUUUGUGGUUGGUUCUUUGGGCGCAUAUGAUCCCGGGAACAUCGCCGUCCUCCAGCGGUUAGGCAUAGGAAGAAAAUACUCCAAGACCAUGGCCAAACUCAUGGUGAGCGACUGUAUCCGCUGGAGUAGGGAAAUAUAUGUUCAACACCUAAACUACGGACGUUCUGCUCCCAGCCACCGAAGACCAGCAACCAACGCUCGUGGCCAACAUCAUCGGCGAAGGACCACCACCAACCGGCACACCUCCGACCACCAUGACCAACACAGAACAAGACCCCACGAUCAGCGGGACUCACCUCGGCACCUCCGACUCCAACAGUUACAACCGCACGGACUGAAUCCAUGA